AUGAUAUCGGGAGCUGUUGCCAGGGCUGUGCACUCCUUUGCUUCCGCCCUCAUCUCCUCUCCUGCUCGUUCGCCGCCAUACGGGCCUGCAGCACGCGCUGCUCGAUGGCGAUCACUUCAAGACGCCGUUCGUCGCCCAGGGACGACGAUUCGAGGAGGGGAACUCGGUUGGGAGUGGCGGAUUGGGGAAAGACGUCGACCACAAGCUGUGGGGCGUUUGUGGCUUCCGCGUGCCAUCUCAGGACGCGUUGGCGCAGGUAGGGGAGUCGUGGGUCGCGAGGUGGGUACCGACCGUUCGGUCUUUGCCAAUCUGCGGGCAGACGCGAAUGAAGUGUGUCGCGUUGCCACAAUACGAGCAGCCGGGCGGGCGCAGGACGAUUGUAGGGCUGGGGACCGCGUGGAGGAAGGUCUGGACGGCAGGCGGGGCGGUCGGUUCGCGCAUUUGGCUGGCGAGGAGGGCGACAAGUUGGUUAACCGAGGACCUUGCGAGCGCUCAGAAAGGAGCUGGGGAGCUGGCGGGGGCUCUGGCAGCGAAGACGACCCCGCGAUAGGGUGCUCCUGUUUAUAA